GUAAAAGCAACCCAACCCAAUCCAACCCAACCAACCAACCUCACCUGGAAACAUAAACUUAUUACUAAACAUAGCUUCUUCUCUUCUCUUCUCUUUUUCCCCCAAAUUCAAGAACCCUAAUUUUUCAAUUCAAUUUUCAAACCCUAAUCUUCAAUUAAUUAAUGUCUCAAACCUCUCAAACCCUAAUGCCUCUCGAUUCCGAAGAAUCACCAUCCUCAACCCCAAUUCCAACUUCCCCAAAUCCACCCCUAAAUUCCACCUCCAACGUCCUCCACCUCUCCUUCAACCAAGACUCCGGCUGCUUCGCCGCCGGCACCGAUCAUGGCUUCCGCAUCUACAACUGCGACCCCUUCCGCGAAAUUUUCCGCCGCGAUUUUGGUCCUAACGGCGGAAUUGGCUUAGUCCACAUGCUAUUCCGUUGCAACAUCCUCGCUUUCGUCGGCGGUGGAUCAGACCCACGUUAUCCAGCAAACAAGGUGAUGAUUUGGGACGAUCAUCAAUCACGGUGUAUCGGAGAGUUGUCGUUUCGUUCGGAGGUGAAAGGUGUUCGUCUUCGUCGCGAUAGAAUCGUCGUUGUUUUGGCGCAUAAGAUUUUUGUUUACAAUUUUGCUGAUCUUAAAGUUCUUCAUCAAAUUGAAACUAUUGCUAAUCCUACGGGGCUAUGUGAAGUUUCACAUGUUUCGGGAACUAUGGUUUUGGCUUGUCCUGGGUUGCAGAAGGGUCAAAUUAGGGUUGAGCAUUAUGCUUCUAAGAGAACUAAGUUCAUAAUGGCACAUGAUUCGAGAAUUGCGUGUUUUGCUAUAACCCAAGACGGACGUUUGCUUGCUACUGCAAGCUCCAAAGGGACUCUUGUUAGGGUUUUUAAUACCUUGGAUGGUUCUUUGCUUCAAGAGGUACGGAGAGGUGCUGACCGAGCCGAGAUAUAUAGCCUUGCCUUCUCUUCCAGUGCACAGUGGUUAGCUGUCUCAAGUGACAAGGGAACCGUUCAUGUCUUCAACUUGAAGGUUGAUUCGGGAUUGCUGGGGCACGACAGAUCGCAUACUACAUCCGAGUCUAGUCCUACUAGCCCGUCGGCGGCUUCGUCUCUUUCAUUUAUUAGAGGUGUGUUACCUAGGUAUUUUAGCUCAGAGUGGUCCGUGGCUCAAUUUCGCUUGCAAGAAGGUUUACAAUAUCAUGUUGCCUUUGGUCAUCAGAAAAAUACAAUUGUAAUACUUGGCAUGGAUGGCAGCUUCUAUCGAUGUCAAUUUGACACUGUAACUGGUGGGGAGAUGACACAACUCGAGUAUUACAAUUUCCUAAAGCCAGAAGAGACAUUCUAGUAUGAGUGCAUGAUUCUGUAUAUAUCUUCGGUGGCAUUGAUGUGAAUUUUAUUUCGAUUUCCAUUUACCUCGUUAUUUAUAAUAACCUUAAGUUGUAAAUAUAGUAUAUGCAAAGCCAGUAAUGUCAUCCAAUCCUUUGCUGUGUAGAUAUAUAUUAAAGCUUGGUUGUGUCAAUUAAAAUUGGCUCAAGAUUUGAACUCUGAAAAUAAUUGUGUCAGAAAUAUUCUAGGUUUUGUUAUGCUACUUA